UUAGCUGUCUUAAAUUGAGAUAAUAUAACAGUAACUCAACUCACCUAAAGACAUGGAGCCCCCAGUCUCAGUUGUGAAGGAACUGGCCGAACAGUUGAUCCGUAAACAAAGCCACAUCAACGUGGAUGAUGUGGUCCAAAGGCUUUUCCAGGAGAUAUCAGGUGGAGUCUUUACCCAGUCGCCGGAUUCUCAGAUGGAAGACGUAGCCAUUCAACUAUGGAAUUGGGCGGUAACGAAGCGCGUGGGCCCAGAUAUUAGUGAACAGCAGAGGGCGAAAGUCCGUCAUGUGGCAUGCAAAUUGGUGCACUCAUCUGCACCAGAAAAUCCAGGAGAAAGCAUAAUUCGCAAGCAAAUCCUGAUGGCGAGCAAGACAGGUAGGACGUGGCUCGACUGUAAAAAGCCCAAGUUGGCAGAUGAGUUCCUCAUUCUGGCAGUGAAGAGCCUGGAGACUCUGUACAGCAGAUUGGUAUCCACUGGAGAUGGCGCUUCAGAUAUCAACAUGCUCAAAGCGGAUGUGGAGAAGGACCUGCUGAGGGUGUUGUCUUAUCAAGCUGAAUCUGCCGUUGCUCAGGAGCGACACCAAGAGGCUGUGGGGUGCAUGCAGCGCUGCAGAGAGAUGCUGCAGAGGCUCCCCAAAGAGACUGGCUAUCUUUCUUUGAUGUGUUACAAUUUUGGAGUCGAUUCGUACAAUCUCAGAAAAUAUGAAGAAAGUUCAUUUUGGUUGAGCCAAAGUUAUGACAUAGGAAAGAUGAAUGCCAAGUACGCCCCAGGGACAGACGUGCAGGCAAAAGUACUGAGGCUCCUGGCAACAGUAUAUUUGGAGUGGGAUUGUCAACAGUUUAAGGAGAAGGCUCUGAAUGCGAUCUGCUUAGCCAAUAAGGAGAGCGUGUACCCGUCUGGUGUGUACCUGAAGAUCCGCAUCCUGCUGAGGAGCGGAGCACCUGAUGAGCAGGUCAAAGCAGGGCUGUCUGAGCUGCUGGAGUCUGAGGUCACCCUUGACAUGAGCUUGAGCACCGUCCGACUGCUGAUGGGGGAGGACAGGGAGGCGGUGGCAUUCGAGUUCUUGAAGCGUGUGUGUGUGCGGUUCGAGUCGUCCCCUGAGCUGGGCUCGGCCACCGUGCUGCACAUCGAGCUGCUGCUGCAGAGGGGCAAGGAGCUGCUGGCCAAGCAGAAGAUUGAGGACGUCAUCAACGACCACUACAAGAAGCAGCCUCUAACGCCACAGACCCUCACCACUCUGCACCUGCUACUCUGGGACCAGGCUUUCAAACACUUUGAGGCCAAGAACUUCUGUGAGGCGCUGCAGUGGUACGACUACUCUCUGAGCUUCUACAAGCGCGGGCAGCUGGACCCCAACCUGGCCAAGCUGCAGAGGAACAGGGCCUCCUGCUUCCUCAACAUGCAGCAGCUGGAGAAGGCCAAAGACGCGGCCACAGAAGCAGCCAAGUGUGAUCCACACAGCAUCUUCAGCCACUUUAGCAUCUACAAGAUUGCCAUCCUGGAGAAGAAUGUGGACAAAGCCUCUAAGGCGGUGAAGGAGAUUGGUCAGCUUGCCCAGGCUCCGGUGAGCAGUGAGGACCGCGUACUGCUGAAGGAGAACACUGCAGCAAACCUGCUCAGCCUGGCUGCUCAGAUGGCCCUGGAGAAUGAGCAGCAGGAAACGGCCAUGAAGGCCCUGGAGAGUCUGUGUGAACACUCACAGGAUGCAACGCAAGUACUCACUGCCCUCAGGUGUUUGGUCAGACUUUUGCUUUCAAUAAUGGACAACGCAACAGAGGACAAAAGGACUGAGAGUUUGGAUAUGCUGCUGUCGUAUCUGAAAAUGGCCCAGCAGAGGAUCGCCAAGCUGAGCCCUGGAGCAGAGCACACAGACGCGGCCCACUGGUUCAGGAGGAUCGCAUGGAACUGUGCACUGCAGUGUGAAAGCACUCCGAUUAAGAUGAAGGAUUUCUUCGCCAUGUCUUACCAGCUGUCUCUGCUGUGUCAAGUGGACAGGACUGUUCUGAUGGCCCAGAAGACCUGUCUCCUCAUGGCUGCAGCGGCUGGCCUGGAGCUCUGCAGGAUCACGCCAGACUCCCCACAACAGCCUGAGUUGCUAGCGGAGGUUCUGGAGCAUGUGCAAGUGUGCUGGAACGUGUGGAAUACUCUCAAGUCAUCAGGGGAUUUUUCCAAGGACCCGACUGAGGCCCUGCUGCUUCUGUACGAGUUUGAGGCUCGGGCGAAGCUAAACGACCCCAAGCUGGACACGGUGCUUGAAUCUGUGUUAGAGCUGGAAACUGUGGACGUGAAAAUCCUGGAGACCAUUUCUGCUCUGGCCAUGGAGCCGCCAGCUCACUUCCCCUCUCUGUGCAAGAAGGCCCUGCGCAUCGCCCUCUCCCUGCGCAGGAAAGAGCCCCAGCCAGACCUCCCACGCUGCAGCCAGUAUGUCCACAGCCUGAUCGAGUUGUCUCUGCCGCGUGGGGUGUGUGAGGUGGACGGCCGCGUGCUGGAGGAGGUGUGGGGAUACUACGAGGAGGCCCAGGCAAUACUCAACUCAGCCCCUGAUGAUAUAGCUGAGCUGGAGGUGUUGUGGCUAUUGACGCGUGCGUGGAACACGGGCAUCCUGCUGUACAGCCUGGCCCAGUACCCCGAGGCCGAGCGCUGGUGCAGCCUGGCCAUGAGCUUCCUCGGGCACCUGGGCACGCUGCGGGACAGCUACCAGACACAGAUGUCGGGCCUAUAUAGCGAGGUGCUGGACCGGCUGGACAAGGCCAAAAGGAACCUGGUCAUGGAGGAGUGAGCACCAGCACAAUCACCAGCCCGUGAACACUGCACUGUGUUAGCCAGUCAGUGAGUUGAUGUUCAUGUCACACAUUAUCGACCUGUACUGUAUUUUAUUACUACUGAUGACAGUAAUUGUACACUAUGUGAAUUUAUGACCACCUCUGGGAACUGUAGUGUUUUUCAGAAAGCUCUCAUCUGGAUGUGUUAUAUCAGAGCAAGUCGUAAAUCUGCUAGUAGAUGAGCCUAUUUAUUUAUAACAUGGAUUAUUUAUGAGAUAUUUAAGAUAAUGAAGCUUUUUGUUGUUAUCUUAUCUGGCUGGGUUACAUAUUCAAACAUCCACUAAGAACUGUGAAAACUCUCUCUUAACUGUGAAAUUGGUGGUUUCUUGUUACGUGUCAGACAAAGUGGCGUAUUGUUCAUAUAACAUAUUAAUUAUUAUACCUAUUUAUUACUAUUACUGUAACUAUGUGUAUCGAUGACUGUUAGCCACUGUUUAUUUAUAAAUGUUUAUUUUUAUUAAACCAUUUAUUAAGUCCUCAAUUAAUUUACAAAAUUGUGACGUGGUCCGCUUACACCAGACAAAAUAAUAACACACUGAACUCAUAACAGAGUCACAUAUUUUAUUAUUGUCAAACAAAUAAAACGUUUUUGUCCAGUCAAAAAAAAAGAUAAGGAAAAAAAACACCCCAAAGAAAGCUAACAGGACUGUACUGUAAUUCCCUCCAGAGCGAUCAGGAUAGAAAAAAACAAAAAAAACAAAAAACGGGUGUGCCUUUUGUGUUGCGUCCUGACAGGUACCGUAGCUAUGCGCUCACCUCACCUGUAUAUAGUGGGGAGGAGGAGACCACUGUACAAUCAAGGGUUUUAACUCACGAGCACUGAACUGCACAGCAUACGCGCAGUCACCUCAUUUCUGAUUGGUUUAGAAGAGGACCAACCAACAUCCCCGAACACACACCCACCUCAUCCAUCCAUCCAACCAUCCAUCAUAAAUAAUUAGAUUUUACCUUAUUUUAUUUCUGACUUGGACCAUGGCAUCGUGCCACACCAGGAUACACAUAAUAUUGUACAUUAUAUACCACACCCACUCAGUCUCUGGAUACUGCAACUGCGUUAGAAAGAUUACAAUAGUUUAAAGUUUCUUUGGGCUUUUUUUUUCUUAGCGGAUAUGGCUGACUGACGCUUUUCAGACACAUGGGUUGCAGGUCAAACUACACCCCCCUGUCCUUUAUUGUGGCCUCCAGUCUCAUGACACAAGGGUCAACGUAAAGAAAGAUGUAAGUUUUUAUGUAAUAUCUCACAGAUUCACAAUUCAAAGGUCAUACUCUUAUUUUUAAUCGCGAUGGAAAGCAUUGCAUGGGCUGAUAGGAGGGAAGCUGUUAAUGGGGUUGUUUUGGAUGAAGCAGUGAUGCUUUUGCUAUGCAACACAUUUGCACACUUUGCCAGUUUGAACCAGAAUGCAUCAAACUGGCAAAGUAAUAGCAAAAGCGUCACUGCUUCAUCAAAAACGAGCCCAUUCUCUCCACGGAGGCGUGGCAACACCAAGGCUGGAGACCACAAGCCUCAGGAAAGGAUAGAAGUAGUUUGACAUGCACGCGUUUUUCACGGUCAGCCGUUUUCCUGUCAGCCUUACAGAGGACCACCCCUAAGCAAGGGGUAAUCGUCUGUGUUGGCAUUUGUUUUCAAAAUAUCCUCAUCAUCAUCUACGGGAUGCUGCUGUCUGUAUCUCUGCAUUUACUUGUAACUUUUUUUCUUUUAAAAAAGUCAUCUAUUAUACACUCAGACAGAAUUCCACAAUAAAUCACAAAUAGACAGUCCCAAAGUUUAAGGGAUUAUCAUUUUUCCCCACCGACUAGAAAAAAAAAACGUGUUCCAAUAACCAGCUGAAUAUGUUUUUUAAUCUAUAGAGAAAUAUCAACAAUAUUACAGCACAUUUGUAUGGAAAGUAAUCUGAGAAGAACCCAACAUCUUGACUUACCUGACAGUUUUUUUGUGAGCUAUAAAACAAGAAAUGUUUUUCGAAUGUCCCAGUUGUUUCACACAUGCAUGAAGCACAAGUGAGGGGAAGGAUAUGUACAUUUUUUUCAAGCUACCGCGCCCUUUGAAACAGUCUGAAAGCAGUUUAUGUUUUUGAAUGGCUCUCUUCCCUUCAAAUUGAAUUCCCUGAACUCUGGUUUUGACACAGGUAGGACAGCUGGUUGCCGGUGGUGGUGGUGGUGCCCAGGCUAAAAGGGGGCAUCAGGAGGGCGCACCCAUUACAGCAAUGCCAAAGACGAUAGAUAUAGGCAGAAGAACUAAGAUACUUCAUGGUAGUUCGUAUUUCAUACAGGUGCAAAGUGGGUUAUCAUCAUUUCCUCACUGUUAUAGUUGGUCUUCAGAUGGGGACUUUAAUGUGCCCACCCUCCCCACGUUUGUGCGGUCGUGGUUCAAAGAAAUGGGUCAUGAAGACCUGCACUGCCGCCCUCAUGACAUGACGAUCAUGGUUCCAGGAAGUGGUUAAUCGUCAUGACGAAUCUUGGGACGGCUACCGUCUUUGGUGAAGCACCCAAUGAGCGGUCACCAUCUUGGCACUUAUCAGCAUCUUUACAGCGCCCUUAUUCUCCAAUGGUCAAAAGAUAACCACAGAAUAAACUUUAAAAGGAAGAUGAAUAAGUUAAUGAACCAUCAAACAAGCUUGAAAAUACAUAUAUGUAAAUAAAAAAAGUACGAUGACGAUGCAUCAGUGAACAGGCUCUGUGGUGUGGGUCCCCCUUCAACCUCUAGA